AUGUUUCUGAGCCGUCCCGAGCCGACCCCCGCCACCCUCUCCGAGGAGAUCCUGCUCUCCCCAUGGCGCCGAAUCCCCGCCGACGCUGCCUCCCUCUCCUCUUCCCUCUUGCGCGUACCCCGCCGCCCACCGCCAUCGACCCUUCCGCAAAACGCUCCCUUCCACAGCCAUGCCGCCGGGCGUCAAGUGUGUGCCCCGCGACCAGUUUGUAUUGAAGCAAGGAGGUGGCGACGGCUCGGGAUGCCACCAACGAAGGAGCAAGCGCAGGUCGGACAGCUUGGAGGAGGGGUAGAAUCGGAGAACUCCAUCGACGAGAAGGAGGAGAAGGAGCUGAGCCGGAAUUUGGUAGUAGCAGAGGGAAGUGAUGAGGUGCUGCAAGUGAUGAUGGGGAUGAACAGUAGGAUCAGGAAAUGGGACGUGAGGGGUUAA